UACCAUCCCAAGCAUAUGGAGACGAUCCAUAAAGUGUAUAAAUACUUAGAGCAGAAGGUCCUUGUGAAGCCACGUACUAGGGAAGAUCACCACAUCAUUUACUAUAGUACGCUGUCAGAUAAAAUGCAGCUUCAGCUAAGCAGGACUCUGUUCUUGGUGCUGCUCUUUUGCGCGAACGAAGAUGAGGCCAAGCCAGACCAUUCCAUCCACAACUUGGCGGAGAUGCUAGUAGGGGUCUACACUAUGAGCGGGAUGUACAAGAAGCCACCACCUGGUUUCAGUUUUAUAAUUAGCGAUGUGGACCGAUCGCAGGUUACCGAAGGAUCAGGAACUAUUUGGCUUCUGCUUGAGCACUAUCUGUUCGUGAAAUUUCUAGUCAGAGCCAAUCUGGUGAAUCUUGUAAGCUAUGAAGACUCGGUGGAGGUCAACACAUUGUCACUAACAAGAUAUUGGUUCCAGGACGCAGUAAACCCAAUGACGAGGAAAUCUUUGAUGGAUUUAAAGCCAGAUUACAUUAAAGGUAUCAAAUAUUGCACAAUGCUGCGUUACAACGGUAAGAAGAAAGUAUUCACAACGAAGGAAGUCAUCUGCAAAAACUCGAGUGCUUCCUUGACGUACAACAUCUACAAUAUCACCAAACUGUCCAUUUCGUGUAACUAUAUCAGAGUUCAGAGCGAUAAAAUGUCUUACACUCUAAAGAAAGUUAAAAGCUUCUAUGACUUGCUUCCCGCAAAGUGGAAAGCCCCUGUACCGAUUUGCCAGAAUGCAGCCCCGGAGCAAACCGGAGAAAUGACUGCUAUGCGCCGAUGGAAGAACAAGAAGACGUUUAAAAUUCCUUAAAAAGUCACGUGAUCUACGAACUUGUCUAAAAGUGAAAUCAUGCUUUAGAUAAAAUACGAAACAAUUAUUAUAAUGGAAGCGAAAUUAAAAAAAAAAAAUGAGUUUAAUCGAUUUCGGAUUGAAAUAAAUUAUUGAUCACUUU